CUUGACCGAGACUGUCAUCUCAGGGUUGAGAGUGGUUGAGAGCAGUCAACGGAAGAGAAUGAACGUCGACGUAGUGGAGAAACGGAAGGAAACAGCAUGGUGGAGGAGAGAAAAGCAGAAGCGAGCGGGGAAGAAGGUGCCUGGUGAGGAGAGGAUAAGGGCUAGGAGGAAGAGGGCAGCGGAAGGCAAGAAAAAGAAAUUAAAGAAGCGAAAAGAGGAAGAGGAGAAGAGAAAAGAAGAGGAGAAGAAAAAAGAAGAGGAGAAGAAAAAAGAAGAGGAGAAGAGAAAAGAGGAGGAGAAGAGAAACGGAGAGCAGGAGGAGAAGAAGAAGCGAAAUGGGAAGAAGCAGGGCAGGAAGCAGAGCAAACAGCAAGAUCAACAAACACCACAACGAUAUUGUUUAAGAAAUCUUCCGGAGCGCCAAAGACUCCGGAAAGAACUCGAGCAGUCUGGUAAUGAUUUUAAUGCACAAGAUCUCAUGAGCCACUACUAUUCUCUACUGCGGAAAAAAUAUACAUUUGAGACUUACUGUCAUCUUUUCUAUUUCUACAGGUAGCCCAAAAUAAAUAAUCAAGUUUGUUCUAUGAA